AUGUUGGGAGAAGUUGCCACUGGGCUCAGUCUUGGGAGUGGGGCCGAUCUACUUGCUUCCGUGGCCUUGAAGCCAGUCAGGGUGAAGUACCAGGGCUUAACGUCUGUAUUUGAAAGAGUCACGAGAUCUCUGGUGCGAGAGUUGGGUUCUCGAGGGGAUAUGAUUCCUGUCAAGAGUGUGGUUGAUGCUGGUGCAUUCAAGUGCUGCUAUUUGGUGAGAGGACGGAAGAUUUGGGGAUGGCGCUACUCCAAGACAGACCUCACCCUGGAGGACAUACUGGACAAAGAGCUGUUUGAGAGGCUGCUUGUGGGACUCGGAGGUCAGCAUGUGGCGGAGUCAAUGGCAGUGCCGGCCACAGGAGGUGCACGCAGGUGCACGCAGAGCCUCCCUCUGAUGGCCCUGCUGCUGGAGACGAGGCUGAAGCAGAAACUUCCAACUUCAUUCAAAAUGAUUAGUUCAGAAGAAAAUGUGUAUCUAGUGACAGGAACUCUGGAGACAGAACAGGAGGAAACUCCACAAGCAGAAAUGCAAUAUCAAAUUUGGAGCUCAUUCCUUAAGGGCAUUAACCACGAAAACAAGGUUUCUGAUGUCUUGAUCUCUGAUGAGACACAGAUUGAGGGUCCAGCGGGUCCUCUCAUUUGCAGCCUCCACAAAAAUGCUGGGCGCUUGGUAAAAGCAUGUGCAGAAGCCAUUCUGGAACUCUUGGGUGCCUUGCUAGAGCUGUCUGAGAAAUGCAAGCAUGUGACCGAAGCACUAGAGAAUGGGACCUUGUCUUCAGUGAGGGACCAGGUGGAGUCGAUCCUCCAGAAGAACUGGGUUGAGCAGAUUAGCCAGGAUGUGAGCUGUGACCCAGAGGCACGGCUUCCUCUCUUCUGCUGCAGCUGA